AUGGAAAUGGAUUACCCAUUAAAAUCUGAUGGUUUUGCAGUUAGUUUUUUGGGAUCUUGUAACGGUCUAGUUUGCCUACGGUUGUCUCAUCCUCUUAGGAAAUUAUGUUGUAUUUGGAACCCAGUCUCUAAAGAGUACAAAGAAAUCCCUGAACCACCGGAUGCAUCUGGUCCGUUUGAUUUCAGUUGUUUUGGUUAUGAUCCCAAAACUGACGAUUACAAGUUGGUCAUUGGUGAACAUAUAUAUAUAAGUAUUUCACGAAUUCAAGUUUAUUCACUAAGGUCGAAUUCAUGGGAAAGCAGUAUACCAGUCCCAUACAGGUUUUGUAAUGAGUUCAAUGGGGUUGGGGCGGUUCUGGUGCAUGGAAACCUUCAUUGGUUAGCAGAUGAUGAUUACCAAAAUCAAUUUGUCGUAUCUUUUGAUAUCAUUGAAGAGCAUUUUGAAAAAUUGCAACUGCCAAAACAACCUUUGAAGAAUAAGAAUUGGUUUAUAUCUCUAGGAGUGUUGGCAGGGUGCUUAUGUGUACUUGUUGAAGUAGUUCAGAGUGGUGAGAUACUAUUUUGGGUGACUGGUAACAUUGUUAUCUAUGAUCCUAAGAACAGAAGUGUCGUAGAAACAAAUCUUCCGUCAUCAAUAGGCCAAGAAAUGUGCUACUUCGAAAGCCUAGUUUCCCUUAACUCUGGUACUCCUGCCACCUUAAACGGUUUUAAUGGUCUGGGAAGUGGUCUUCGAACAUAA